AUGGCUGAACACCAGGAAGAUGUUGCCGACCGAAAUACGACGACUGUGAUCCACGACAAGGAUGAGGAGAAAUAUUCGGCUGCUAUUGACACCCUGAAGGGUGCUCAGAGAGCAACUGAUGAUGAACAUGGAAUGACCCUACGAGAGGGUAUCCGCAAGUACCCCAAGGCCGUAUUCUGGUCCGUGUGGUUUUCCAUGGCGCUUAUCAUGGAGGGAUUCGAUCAUGCCUUUGUCAGCGGUUUCUUCGCCUUUCCAGCCUUUCAAAAGCGAUAUGGUGAACUUCAGAGCGAUGGUUCCUACCAAAUUCCCGCCGACCUACAAUCCGGUAUAAGCAACGGUGUCAAUGCUGGAGAAAUCAUUGGUCUACUGAUCAAUGGUUUCGUGGCCGACUGGAUCGGAUACCGUUGGGUCAUGAUGAUUUGCCUCAUGCUUAUGACGGCUUUCAUUUUCCUCCAAUUCUUUGCCACCAGCAUUUAUAUGUAUAUGGGAGCUGAGAUCUUGUUAGGAGUGCCAUGGGGUGUUUUCCAAACUCUGUCUACAACAUAUGCCGCCGAGGUGUGUCCCAAUGUUUUGCGACCAUACCUCACAAUGCUGGUCUCUCUUUGCUGGAGUGUCGGUUAUCUUCUGGGAACUGGCGUGUUACGUGCUUUUCUAUCAUCUAGUGGACAGUGGGCAUAUCGUAUCCCGUUUGCUCUUCAAUGGGCUCUACCUCUCCCGCUUGCCAUUGGUAUCUUUUUCGCCCCCGAGUCACCAUGGUGGCUUACGCGCAAAGGUCGCAUCGCAGAUGUACGAAAGACUUUGUACCGUCUGCGCUCCAAGGAUAGCUCGGAAGCUGAGAUUGAGGACACCAUUGCGAUGAUGGAGCAUACGAUCAAGAUCGAGAACGAAAUGAAGGCAUCAAGCAGCUACUGGGAUCUCUUCAAGGGUGUAAACCUGCGUCGCACCGAGAUUACCGUGUUCGUCUAUCUCAUUCAGGAGCUAUGCGCGCCUCUCGUUUCUUAUAUUGUGUACUUCCUGGAGCAAGCCGGUCUUGCCUCCGCCGCUUCCUUCGAUUUUGGCAUGGGAGAGUAUGCUCUGGCUAUCAUCGGGGUGUUCAUCGCUUGGUUCCUAGUUCCAAAGGUGGGACGCCGAACACUCUUGUUGACUGGUACUGCGUUUUUGACCUUAACCACUUUCCUAAUCGGGUUCUUGGGUAUUCCGAGCAUAUCUGCCCAUCCCAACAUUGGCUAUGGGAUUGGCAGCAUCCUCUUGAUUCAAUACUUUGUUCUUUUCAUCACGAUCGGCCCGAUCAUCUAUACUAUCGUGACUGAGAUCCCUUCAAACUUCCUUCGCACCAAAAGCGUUGCCCUCGCGCGCGCUGUAUACAACAUUGGUGUAUUGGUUUAUGGACAAUUGGUUCCCCAUAUGGUUCAAAAGGCGGCUUGGGACUGGGGGGCUAAGAGUGGCUUUUUCUGUGGAGGAAUCAUGGGAAUUGGUUUCAUUUGGGCCUAUUUCCGUCUCCCUGAGACCAAGAACCGGACUUUCGCUGAGAUGGAUAUUUUGUUUAAUAAUAAAGUCAAGGCAAAAGACUUUGAAAAGACCAAGGUGGACCUUGCUUCUGAGACUGUGUCACAGGAGUGA